AGUUUAGAUGGUGGAUGGUUUGUCCUCCGAAUCGUAUUCCCCAUCAGAGGAGAGAUGAAUACGAGAGCAUUUCAAAGAUGUCAUCCGGGCAGAACCUCGAAUCGUAGUGGAGUUUAGGAGCAUGGCUUCACGGAAUGUGUUUAGUUCAGAAGGGGAAUGUGUGCUGAUUGUGUUCUGUCCUGCACUGGAAGCAGGAUACACAAAAUUUCAGUGUCGGGCUUAAGGCAAUCUAGGUAAACAGCACUAUGGAGACGCUAGUUUGUACAUGAUGCACAGCACCGUGUUAGAGAUUGAGAAUUUGGACUGUUUGGGUCUAUGGAAGUGGAUGCAGGCAUGGGUGGGGAAGCUGAUCAACAGCAAGGCCCGCUGCCGCACCAACAACAGCACCAACAGCUACCGCCGUCGAUUUCAGGACCCAGGCCAGCACCUAGCUACAGAGUUGUGAGCGCAGUAAUCGAGAAAAAAGAGGACGGACCUGGUCCUCGAUGCGGUCACACCUUGACAGCAGUAGCAGCUGUUGGAGAUGAAGGGUCCCCUGGGUUUAUUGGACCUCGCCUUAUUCUGUUUGGUGGUGCCACUGCUCUGGAAGGAAAUUCUCACGCUGCUGGACCCCCAGCAUCUUCUGGCGCAGGCAUCAGGUUGGCGGGAGCUACGGCAGAUGUGCACUGCUAUGACAUACACGCGAACAAGUGGAUGAGACUUACUCCUGUUGGGGAUCCACCCUCUCCUCGAGCUGCUCACGCCGCCACAGCAGUUGGCACUAUGGUUGUGAUUCAGGGUGGUAUAGGUCCUGCCGGUCUUUCUACAGAUGACCUUCAUGUUCUUGACCUAACCCAGUCAAGACCUCGGUGGCACAGGCAGCGCCAGACUUCUCUGCCAAUGGCAUUCCCUGGAUGUUGCCCGGUAACCUGCAUAUCCAUCCUGGUGAUGCAUACUGCCGUCCCGCCUUGCACGAUUACAGCCAGAUACCUAUGCGCCUCGGUACAUACUGAUGACGCAGACUGGUUGAGAGGUGGCAAAGUGAUGGCUGCCACUCACCCGUGGAUGUUGGUAACUGGACCCCGGAUAGCAUCUUCCGAGAGAUCCUCAACCGCACACGUUUCAAUGAAGCUUAAUUUCCUUCUUCUAUCCCUUUCUUCUAUCGUUGGAUAUUCUGAUUGCUCGUGUCAUGAGGCUUAUAAGCAUGUUAGACAUUGCACUUCACAACCAGGAAUUUUUUCGCUUGUCAGGAUCGCCUUUGUCUUUUGAGACCUGUGAGCAUUUCUGAUUGUCAUUCAUGACUUUUCGGUUUGCGACUAUCUCCUUGCAUGCCGAGCCCUUGCGUUUUAAAUUACAAAUUUAUUGACUAUUAUUGGAGGACAUCAUGGGUGCUGACGGAGUCGUGGUUCUUUACGUCAAGCAUAUUAUUCUUGCCGUUUUUUAUUGCUCCCCUGAACUUAUGUCGAUCUAUCGGGAGUGAUUUUCUAUCUAUAUAUUACGCGGUUUAUUGCUUUCUCAACAUCUUGGUUCGAACAUGUUGUCACGCAAUAUAUAUCGGUUCCGGCUAGAGAUACGGACCCACGUCCUUGGAGAUACUUCUCCUCUUAUGCAAGUCAUUCUUUUUUUUUUCUCUGAGAGGGAGAAGGAUUGCUAUUUGUCAUUGUGUAUCGGUGCAAUUAACCAUUCAAUUUACAACCUUUGAGCAGAGUUGUUGUGCAAGGGCCCGGACCCGGACCUCGAUAUGGUCAUGUUAUGUCUUUGGUGGCACAGCGGUUUCUCCUCUCAAUAAGUGGCAAUGACGGAAAGCGGCCCCUUGCUGAUGUCUGGGCACUAGAUACUGCUGCCAAGCCUUACGAGUGGCGUAAACUGGAGCCGGAGGGAGAUGGUCCUCCUCCAUGCAUGUAUGCAACAGCUAGCGCCAGAUCGGACGGUCUUUUAUUACUUUGUGGUGGAAGAGAUGCCAGCAGUGUGCCUCUUGCAAGCGCGUAUGGACUUGCAAAGCAUCGUGAUGGACGCUGGGAAUGGGCGAUUGCUCCCGGUGUAUCACCUUCUCCGCGCUACCAACAUGCUGCAGUUUUCGUGAAUGCGAGGUUGCAUGUAUCUGGUGGAGCUCUCGGGGGCGGCCGAAUGGUUGAGGAUGCUUCCAGUGUAGCAGUGCUGGAUACAGCAGCCGGUGUCUGGUGCGAUCGAAAGUCCGUGGUUACGAGCCCGCGCACUGGAAGGUAUAGUGCGGAUGCUGCGGGAGGGGAGGCAUCUUGUGAGCUGACAAGACGAUGUCGACAUGCUGCAGCUGCCGUUGGCGAUCUUAUCUUCAUGUAUGGUGGACUCCGGGGAGGUGUGCUGUUAGAUGAUCUUCUUGUUGCUGAGGACUUGGCUGCCGCUGAAACAACAACGGCUGCCCUCCAGGCUGCCGCAGCCUCUGCAGCCCUUGGAAGUAGUAGCAACCCUGGGCCCCCUUCUAGUGCAAGCGGAAGUGUCACAGCGGGCUUCAAUGAAGCGCAGAUAAAAUCUUUAGAUGCAUCAUCAGAAGGUGCAGUGAUAAUGGGAAGUCCUGUUGCAGCUCCCAUUCAUGGUGAUACGUCUAUGGAUAUCAGUACUGAGAACGCGUUCGCCCUUGGACAUCGGAGUGCUGUAAAAGGCGUGGAGUUACUGGUCAAAGCCUCUGCUGCUGAAGCAGAAGCAAUUAGUGCGGCUUUGGCCGCAGCUACUGCACGUCACAAUAAUGGAGAGUCAGAUAAGGAAAGUGUCGAAAGAGAUCGCGGAGCUGAGGCCUCACCGAGUGGAAAGUCUUUGACUUCUUCAUCGGCUGGGGUUCUUCCUAGCAAGACUGCCUUAGUCACUUCAUCCUCACAUCCUCCCCCAGUGGGUGUCAGGCUCCAUCAUCGAGCAGUUGUUGUAGCUGCGGAGUCUGGUGGAGCUCUAGGAGGAUUGGUGAGGCAGCUUUCCAUCGACCAGUUUGAGAAUGAAGGUCGACGAGUGAGUCAUGGAACACCAGAUAGUGCGAGUGCGGCUCGCAGACUUCUAGAUAGACAGAUGUCUAUAAGUGGGGUCCAAAAGAAGGUGCUUUCACAUCUAUUGAAACCUCGUGGUUGGAAGCCCCCAGUUAAAAGACAAUUUUUCAUGGAAUACAAUGAAAUUGCUGAGCUUUGUGAUACCGCAGAAAGAUGGUUUGCUCGUGAGCCUAGCGUCUUGCAAAUCAAAGCACCAGUUAAAAUAUUUGGUGACCUACAUGGUCAGUUUGGCGAUCUGAUGCGUUUAUUUGAUGAGUAUGGGUCUCCUUCAACCGCCGGUGAUAUAACGUAUAUUGAUUACCUCUUUUUGGGCGACUACGUGGAUCGGGGACAGCACAGCUUGGAAACCAUCACCCUUCUUCUAGCUCUGAAGAUAGAAUAUCCCAACAAUGUUCAUCUUAUACGAGGAAACCAUGAGGCUGCCGACAUCAAUGCCCUGUUUGGCUUUCGAAUUGAGUGCAUCGAACGGAUGGGUGAAAAGGAGGGUAUAUGGGCAUGGCAACGAAUAAACUCGUUAUUUAAUUGGCUUCCUUUAGCAGCUCUCAUAGAGAAAAAAAUCAUAUGUAUGCACGGUGGAAUAGGAAGGUCCAUAAAUCAUGUCGAACAGAUUGAGGCACUCCAGCGGCCGAUAACCAUGGAGGCAGGGUCUGUUGUUUUGAUGGAUCUGCUAUGGUCUGAUCCAACAGAAAAUGACAGUGUGGAAGGUCUACGACCUAACGCUCGCGGUCCGGGCCUGGUUACUUUCGGACCGGAUCGAGUUAUGGAGUUUUGCAAGAACAAUGACUUGCAACUUAUCGUCAGAGCGCAUGAAUGUGUUAUGGAUGGGUUUGAGCGCUUUGCUCAGGGUCAUCUGAUUACUCUUUUUUCUGCCACAAAUUAUUGCGGUACGGCCAAUAACGCCGGAGCAAUUUUAGUUCUGGGAAGAGAUCUUGUUGUUGUGCCAAAGCUGAUACAUCCAAUACCUCCUGCGAUUACAUCUCCUGAAUCUUCUCCCGAGCGUCAUUUGGAGGACACAUGGAUGCAGGAAUUAAAUGUGCAGAGGCCCCCCACUCCGACACGUGGCAGGCCCCAGGCUCCUAGUGAUCGUGGUUCUUUAGCCUGGAUUUAAGGCAAGAGCAUUUUAUCGUUUUAGAUUGAAUGGUGGCAGCAUAAUUUUAUUUGUUAGCAUCUGUAAAGUAUUCUCUGGUUCAUUCAAAAGAUAACUGCGAAUUUUUUGGCUACUCAACAGUAAUCUCUUUCAAGCAGUUAGUCAAGAAGUGCUUGUAAGUCUCGAUUCAGAAGAUUGUGAAUUCCUGUGAGUAUCAGUAUACUGUUUAAGCAGAUGUAUGCGGUGAUGAUAGCUGUGGAGGAUACAUUGGGUACUUGAAAUCAAAAGUAUCAAUCUCACUUGAAUUC